AUGCAGAGUGCAACGGCAGGUGUCCUCCUUUCUGUUGCAACUGCUGAAGCUGUGCUGGGAGUUUUAGGGAACUCAAUUAUUGCACUUGUGAAUUGCCUGGACUGGGCCAAGAAAAAGAUCUCUAAGACUGGCCUCCUUCUCACUGGCUUGGCGACUACCAGGAUUUGUCUUAUAUGGAUAAUAUCUUUAGAUGCCUAUAUAAAGGUCUUCUUCCCAAGUAUGUAUAGGUCUUACAGUCUAAUUGGAAGCAUCACGUACAUGUGGCUUACUGUGAAUUACCUGAGUGUUUGGUUUGCUGCCAGUCUCAGCAUCUUCUAUUUUCUAAAAAUAGCAAAUUUUUCCAACUAUGUAUUUCUCUGGAUGAAGAGGAAAACUGGUAAAGUUUUUUACUUUCUAGUGGGGUGCUUGCUAAUCUCAUGGCUAAUAUCCUUGUCACUCGUUGUGGAGAAUAUGGAGGGUAAUAAAAUGAAGCAAAGAAACAGAACCUGGGAGAUGCAUCAGGAGGGAAAAAAAGCAAUUAUUAAUUAUGUUUCAGUCAAUGUUGGAGUCUUGUCUCUCUUUAUGAUGACCCUAUUUACAUGUUUCUUGUUAAUCGUUUCCCUUUGGAGACACAGCAGGAGGAUGCAAUCACAUAUCUCAGGAUUCCGAGACCUCAACACAGAAGCUCAUGUGAAAGCCGUGAAGGUGUUGAUUUCCUUUAUUAUCCUUUACUCAUUUUAUUUCAUAGGGAUUGUAAUAGAAAUCAUCUGCAUGUUUAUGCCAGAAAACAAAUUGUUGUUUAUUUUUGGUUUCACAAUGGCAUCCAUGUAUCCCUGCUGUCACUCAUUUAUUCUAAUUCUAACAAGCAAUCAGCUGAAGCAAAGCUCACUUAGGGUACUGAAGGGGUUAAAGUGCUGUGAGAAAGGGAAAGGUCUCAGAACCAUGUGA